CCCCUUUGAAAGUGAAAAUUAGAGUGUUUGGAAGAGGAAGAUGAGCCAUGAGGUGGUGGAAACGUACUCUUGCAUGCCAUCCACCGAGCGUGGCCGUGGGAUUCUGAUCUCCGGCGACCCUAAGUCAAACUCAGUCGUCUAUACUAACGGCAGAUCCGUCGUUAUAAUGAGUCUUCAAAACCCCCUUAACGUCUCCGUCUAUGGGGACCAUGCUUACCCUGCCACCGUCGCACGAUUUUCCCCUAACGGCGAGUGGGUCGCCUCUGCUGACGUGUCCGGCACCGUCAGGAUCUGGGGCACCCGAAACGACUUCGUUUUGAAGAAGGAGUUCCGGGUCCUCUCGGGUCGGAUCGAUGACCUUCAGUGGUCCCCGGAUGGCCUUAGGAUCGUGGCUUGCGGCGAAGGCAAAGGCAAAUCCUUUGUUCGUGCUUUUAUGUGGGAUUCAGGGACUAAUGUUGGUGAAUUUGAUGGACAUUCGAGGCGAGUUUUAAGUUGUGCGUAUAAACCAACGAGACCCUUUCGCAUUGUCACGUGUGGAGAGGAUUUUCUUGUGAACUUUUAUGAAGGACCGCCAUUUAGAUUUAAGCUAUCUCACAGGGAUCAUUCGAAUUUUGUCAAUUGUGUACGAUAUUCUCCAGAUGGCAGUAAAUUUUUAAGUGUAAGUUCUGACAAAAAGGGUAUCAUAUUCGACGGAAAGAGUGGAGAGAAGAUCGGUGAGUUGUCUUCUGAAGGUGCCCAUACAGGCAGUAUUUAUGCUGUUAGCUGGAGUCCUGAUGGGAAACAAGUGCUUACUGUAUCUGCUGACAAGUGUGCAAAAGUAUGGGACAUAUCUGAGGAUAAUAAUGGAAAGAUGAAGAAAACAUUGACUUGUCAUGGCUCUGGUGGAGUUGAAGACAUGCUAGUGGGGUGCCUAUGGUUGAAUGAUUAUCUUGUCACUGUCUCUCUUGGUGGGACAAUAUCGAUAUUUUUAGCAAAUGAUCUUGAUAAAGCCCCAGUGGUGUUUUCUGGACAUAUGAAAAAUGUUUCCUCCUUAACUGUUCUUAGAAGUAACCCUAAAAUGCUCUUGUCUAGCAGUUAUGAUGGCUUAAUAGUUAAGUGGAUUCUAGGGAUUGGAUAUAGUGGUAAAUUACAAAGGAAGGAGAAUUCUCAAAUCAAAUGCUUAGCAGCACUAGAAGAAGAGAUUGUUACGACUGGGUUCGAUAAUAAGAUAUGGCGAGUUUCUUUACAUGCAGAUCAGUGUGGAGAUGCUGAAGCCGUUGAUAUAGGAAGUCAACCAAAAGAUCUAAGUGUUGCACCUCUGUCCCCUGAACUUGCUCUGGUUUCAAUUGAUUCAGGAGUUGUCAUGCUGCGUGGUACUAAAAUUGUGUCAACCAUGAAUCUUGGGUUUAUUGUGUCAGCAUCUGCUGUCUCUCCUGAUGGAAGUGAAGCCAUUAUUGGUGGACAGGAUGGUAAAUUGCACAUAUAUUCUGUUUCUGGGGAUACACUUGUAGAGGAGGCAGUCCUUGAGAAACAUCGGGGUGCUAUUAGUGCCAUACGGUAUUCUCCGGACGUUUCAAUGUUUGCAUCAGGGGAUGUUAAUCGAGAAGCUGUAGUAUGGGACCGUGCAUCCCGAGAGGUGAAGCUUAAGAACAUGUUGUACCAUACUGCACGGAUAAACUGCCUUGCUUGGUCCCCUGAUAGCCGUAGGAUUGCUACAGGAUCACUUGACACAUGCGUCAUCAUAUAUGAAAUUGACCAGCCUGCAUCUAAUAGAAUUACCAUAAAGGCUGCACAUUUAGGCGGGGUUUACGGAUUAACAUUCACUGAUGAGUAUAGUUUGGUUAGUUCAGGUGAGGAUGCUUUUAUCCGUGUUUGGAAGAUAACCCCUCCAUGACAGAUCUAGGUCAGUUUGGAAGAAGUGAAAGUGGGAGAUAUUUAUUGGAUUCUCAAUUUUAUUCCUUUAGAAGGCUUCCAAAAAUCAAGACUGAAUGUGCUUAUCACAAUAUCCACAAGUUGGGGGUUACCGAAAAGACAAAUGAGCUUUUUUUGAUUGUUUGGUCAUAUCGCAAAAGGACUUAUUGCAAAUUGCAGACAUCGGUUUGGUUGUCACUCUUGACUUGGAAAUAUGUUGGGGCAAUUUUCUUGUGUGCCACUUUUAAAAGUACGUGCUUUUUGUGAGUUUGAAUAUCAGGACUAUGAAGGUCCAGUGUACGUCAAUCUACUUAUCUUGGUUUGCUCCAAUUUAUGAUACCGAGAUUUUUAAUACUUGUGUCAUAGUUUUGUACAAAGGAUCAAAAUGCUGAGUACAUUACAUGGGAUCAAUAUGGGUAGUGGGAGUAAUCGUGUUAAAAGGGCUGGUAGACUAGACAACACAGGCAGCGAUUCCUCCCCACCCAAAUCCCUGAUGGCCUCAUUUGGUUUUCUCUUGAGAGGUUUUUCAAUCGGCUCCUCCUGUUCUAGGCCAGAUUGAUUGUACUGUUUGUUUGUAUGUGGAAUGCAUUGUGUAUUUGUUUUUUAAUGGAAU